AACCCCUUUAAUUGUAUAACAACUAAUCAGUAUAAUUAUAACCUUUAUUAUCCAUCUUGAAUCCUUUUAAGAUUUGUUGCCCACUAACUGUUUGUUAAAAUGCCUCAACCAAUUUUUCAUUUAUCAUUUGGCAAAUCAUGUUGAUAUAUUUUGAAUCGGAUUGCCAUGAUACAAGGUGGUCGUCUUCGGUUGAAAGGGUGGCAACAGGCUGCUGUUGCAGUUGGUUCUGCAGUUGGGGCGUUGUUAGAUCCUCGAAGAGCAGAUCUUAUUGCUGCUUUGGGUGAGACGACGGGGAAACCAGCUUUUGAUAGGGUUCUUGAAAGGAUGAAGAAGAGCCCCGAAGGCAGGGAAAUACUGUUGGAGCAACCUCGUGUGAUCUCUACAAAAGUGGGGCAUGCAUGGGACCUACCUGAUAACACUUUUGGGGCUGCAUACGCAAGGUUUAUGGGAUCUAGGAACUUUUCACCUGAUGAUCGUCCACCAGUGCGAUUCAUGGAAACUGAAGAGUUGGCAUAUGUAACUAUGCGUGCUCGUGAAGUGCAUGACUUUUGGCACACCCUUUUUGGCCUGCCAACGAACCUUAUCGGAGAAACAGCCCUAAAGGUGAUUGAGUUUGAACAGAUGCUACUCCCCAUGUGUUUGAUGUCUGUGCUAGGGGGUACAGCAAGGUUUAGUGACAAGCAAAGGAGCUUGUUCUACCAGCAUUACUUCCCAUGGGCGCUUAAGGCUGGAGCUCGUAGCACAGAUCUUAUGUGCGUGUACUAUGAAAAACAUUUUCACGAGGAUUUGGAAGAUGUUCGCCGCAAAUGGGGAAUAAUUCCAGCUCCACCUCCUCCAAGACCAAAUGCAACAAUUGUUGUACCUCUUUGAAGAGGAAUUGAAUCUAUUACCCACUCCAUGCGAUUUGCUUUAUACGAACAAAUGUAAAUAUUUACUGUCGAGUGUAGUAACACAAAGGGGGAGCAUCAUACUUGAAGACCUAUUGCAGUCGUGUUUGCAGUGUGUUGUUUCCUAUGUGCAAACCUUUUUGGUUUUUGUGAGCUAUUCUCUUUUGUUCUCAGUUCCAUUUGGUUUAGUUGUUUGUACUUUUUAAUUUUUAAGGUGGGAUGAAAUGCUCUUUU